CUGAAAGAGAAAAUUGACAAAAUGUUUAUCAUUGAAGAGUAAACCAUUAUGGAUGAAGACAAUACUACCCAGUACAACCCUCAAGAACAGGGGGCCACUUUGGGAAGCCUGGCAGGUGCAACUUCUUGGUUGAGAUCUCGCACUCCUGUUAAAACGACAGUUGUGACUGGUCCCCUGUUAAGUGCAGGUUUUAGCAAGGUUUCUCCCUUAGGACUCCUGUCUCAGUUGAAGAAGAUGGAGAAGCAGUUAGGGGUCAGGAACUCUGGUACCAGUGUAGAUGGAGAGAGCCUGGAGUUCAUCACACCCAAGAGGGCUCCAUCACAGUUUGCUCCUGUCCAGCCAAGGUCAUUUACAGAUGGAGUUUUAAAACGCCCAAAAAACAUUCACACUGAUGAUGACAUAGAAUCUCUCAGAGAAUCUGUGUCCAAUUUGUCAGAAGAAAUAGAGAAACAAAAACAAGCGACAGAGAGGCUGCAGGGCUGCGUUGAUCUUCACCAGAAGUUUAUCAAAGACUUGCUUUACUUGGACUACAAAGUCACAGAACAGGAACUUAUUGCCAAGAAACUGUUAGAGAAGAGUGGUGAGGAUUCAGUUCUGUUGGACCUGAGUCUGCUGGGCCUGUGCUCUCUGCUGUGUAGAACCAUCAUCUCCUGGUCUCCAUUCCACAUUAUUGUCACCCUCAUAGACAAAGAACAUGUCAAAAUAUGGUUAAACAAAUGUCUUCGGUUAUUGGUGUCAUUUUGCCUUUUUGUCCUGUUUAAAUCCUGGAUAAGGAUUCUUGGACUUGGAGAACGAGUGAACCAGCUGGAGGCCAUGGUAUACAAAGUGACCAGGAUGUUGUUUCUGCCCUUCUCUCAGAGGACAGGAACCCCAGCAGUAAGGUGUCGCCCACAGUCUCCCACUCUCUCACGCGUUAAGGAGGACUGCAUCAGUCCCGUCUGGAAACCAGACAGUUGAAAAAACGACGAAAUAUUGUGGAUACAUGUAUGUAGAUCUGAAGGUAUAAAGGAGCGUGUUAUGAUUCAGCUGAUGUAAUGUAGAUCUCUGGUUCAGAAGGGGUUAAUGUCAGCUGAUGUAUCAGUAACACUGACUAUGUAGAUCUGUGGUACAGAAGAAUAUAACAUGUGAGCUGAUGUAACAGUAACACUGACUAUGUAGAUCUGUGGUACAGAAGAAUAUAACAUGUGAGCUGAUGUAACAGUGACUACAUAGAUCUUUGGUACUGUUGCAAGAAAUGAUUUCUGCAGUUUACACUUGUAUUUUAUGGCUGUUGUCCACCAUAUACACGCAAGCCUAGCACAAAUGUUCAUUCUUUAAUAAAAACCAACAGAGUAGGUUACAUUUUUAUUCAUGACUGUAGCAUGUAGUGAUUGUCUUUCAUUUUGUGUUGUGUAGCUCAGAAUUUUUGUGAUUGUUUUACAUGUUUUGCGAUCGCUUUUCUAACUCUCGCUGAAGUGGGCACAAUGUAUUAUGUAAUACA